AUGGUCUCGCACAUUCCGGCAGCAAAUCAAGCCGCCGGUCCUACCUCCUACCGAAUCGAACCCGUUCCAGCGACCGAGGCAACACCCGCAAAUACAAUGCAAGAAAAAGCCGCUCAGUUUCUGGCAACUCAUGGAGGUGGUGCUACGUCGUUCACCUACGAAGAGGAGAAGUCGGUCUUGAAAAGGAUCAACCUCCGCGUUCUUCCUCUCAUCUUGGGGGCUUACUUCUUCCAGCAGCUCGACAAGAGUUCUCUGAGUUAUGUAUCCAUCUUCGGAUUUCAAGAAGAUGCGAACCUUCACGGCCGACAGUACAGUUGGCUUGGCUCCAUCCUAUACAUCGCACAACUCGUCUGGCAGCCCGCCGCCGCUUUCAUCCUCGUCAAGCUCCCCAACGGAAAGGUCAUAGCUGCCGCCAUCUUCCUUUGGGGGUCUUCGCUCGCAAUCAUGACUUCUUGCACCAACUUUGGCUCUCUUCUCGGGCUGCGCUUCCUACUUGGUACCUUCGAAGCCAUGAUUGCGCCAUCGUGCCUGGCCGUAACAACCACAUGGUGGAGGAGAAGCGAGCAGACGCUCGUAACCAGUUCUUGGAAUGCCAUGAAUGGAGUAACAUUCAUAGUUGGCAGCCUGUUCACCUAUGGUCUUGGACAUAUUGAGAGCGACAAGCUCUACAAGUACCAGAUCAUCUUUCUCUAUCGAGGCCGCCGAAGCUGGGAUAGAAGAACUGAUCGCGUGGCUAGGUUCUGCGGCUUACUCACGGUGACCUACUCACUCAUCGUUCUUGUGCUCAUGCCCGAUUCGCCCAUGUCAGCUAAGUACCUGACGGAGAGGGAGAAGGUCAUUGCUGUCGAGCGACUUCGAGCCAACCAAAUGGGCAUCCAGUCUGGUGUCUGGCGAUGGGAUCACGUAUGGGAGACAUUCAUGGAUCUGAAGACUUGGUGUUGGUUCAUCCUCGUCAUCGCCAUCUCAAUCGCUAGCGGUGGCAUCUCAACGUUUGGUAACUUGAUUGUCAAGUCAUUCGGGUACAACAGCUUUCAAACAAUCCUUUUUAACAUCCCUUUCGGCGUUAUUCAGAUCAUCGCCAUCAUGGGCAGCGGUUGGAUUGCUACGCGAACUCAGCGAAAGGGUCUUGUCAUUGCUGGGAUUGCCGUCAUCCCCGCCAUUGGCACGAUCCUCAUGCUCACAGUCCCACGUCAGCACAAAGGUGUCUUGCUGUUUGGAUAUUACCUUGUUUCCACUCUUGCUGCCAUUACCCCUCUCAUAUAUACAUGGCAAGCCCAGAACACCGCUGGCGACACCAAGAAGAAAACCACGUCUGCCGUUGUCUUCAUCGGCAUGUGCACUGGAAACAUCAUUGGUCCACUUCUAUACUCAGUUGACGAUGCUCCAGUGUAUCGCCCUGGCUUGAUUUCGAACCUAGUAAUGUUCGUCCUCGUAGCCUUCAUGGGGGCUCUAAUUCCUCUCUAUCUCAAAUGCCUCAACGUACAACACGCUAAACGCCGUGAGGCACUCGGAAAGAGCACCCAGAUUGUUGACGAGUCAAUGAUGCGCAACAAAGACGUACAAGACAGCAAGACAGUGGAGUUGGAGGAGGCCCCUCAGCGACAGCAACACAGAGCCAUCGAGGAGGACCUUGGACUGCAGGAUAUGACCGACCUUAAGAACGAAGAUUUUAUCUUUGUGUACUGA